CAAUCCGACCCUCGACCGCCGACCCCCUCCUCUCUUUCUCCUCAAUUUUGCUCCCCGAGACGCAGGUCCCAAAAAUCUCCUCUCCAAAAGAUCAGACCAAUUCCUAGGGUUUCCUCAUCGCGCUUUGUCUCAAUGGCAUCCCGAAUCCUCAACUCUCGCCUCAGAUCUCACCUCUCCCCUCUCCUCCGCUCCUCCAAAUUCCACCUCCAACCCCUAAACCCUAACCCUAACCCUAAUUCUCCCCUCAGUCCUCUCCUCCGACAGCGCCUCUGGACCUACGCUCUCACCUUCAGCUGCGUCGCAGGAUUCAUUGUCAUCGUGCUCGCCAACUUCCAGGAUCAGCUCGUUUUCUAUAUAACGCCGACGGACGCGAUGCAGAAGUACAAGGAGAAUCCGGCGAGGACCAGGUUUCGAUUGGGUGGGCUUGUUCUUGAGGGGAGCGUCGCUCAUCCGAGCUCCAGCUCGCCGGAGAUGGAGUUUGUCAUCACCGAUCUUAUCACCGACAUUCUCGUCAGGUACGAGGGCUCACUGCCUGAUCUAUUUAGGGAAGGGCAUUCAGUGGUGGUUGAGGGGUUUGUGAAAAAGUUCGAGGGGGAGGAGGGAGCGGGUAAAGGGGGACACAAGGUUUCAGAUAAGGCGAAGAUGGAAGAUUGUUAUUUCAAGGCAACUGAGGUGUUGGCGAAGCAUGAUGAAAAGUAUAUGCCGGCGGAGGUAGCAGCAGCAAUUGAGAAGAAUAAGAAGAAGCUUGAAGCAGAUGCUGCAGAAGCAGCAGCAGAAGCAACAGCCGUUGAAGCAGCUCAAAGCUGAUCCUGGUUCAGGUUUUUUCUUUUCUGAUUCUUUGCUUUCGGAUUAUUGUUUUUGCUUAGAUGGCCGUUAUUGGUUAUUCAUUGGUUGACCAACAUUUUUGGACUCAAUGUUGUUGUAAUUCGUAUCAUUUUUGACCUGAGAGUUGGAUGAAAAUAAAGGACAUGAUAUAAUGUAUUAACAUGAAAAAGAGAAAGAAAUGUAUAAUUUGUUCUUUUUUAA